UUAGAAAUAAUUGAGGGGAAAACAAAAAUACAAUAAUUAUUGUUUGAAACGCCAUAUUUCUCCUUAAUAAAAGCUUUUUCUCUUUAUUAAUAUGUUAGAAUAAUAGAAGGCCAAAAAAAUAUGUUAGAAUAAUAUGUGAAAAACUUAUUAACAUUAACUACUAAAAUUAUAUUGCUAAUAACGACUAAUUAAAUAAAAAUAUUACUACUUAUUUAAUGAAAUUCUAAUGACUAAUUAACUUUUUUUUUUUUUUUUGGUUCUAGACCAAUUAUUGAAAUGCUAGCAAGUGCUGGGUAGGAUUGGUGAUGGUCUCGUCUGUUCCAUUUUUCCUUGCUGAGAGUCCUGCAACUACUUUCAAGUGUCAAACCAUACUAAUGGUUUUAAAAGGCUUUCUAAGUUGAGGAGUUUGGAAAUCCUUGAUCUUACUGGCAAUUACUUGAAUAAUAAUAUCUUAACAUCUUUGAGUGAUCUUCUAUCUCUUAAAUCUCUAAAUCUAACCUACUGCAACUUAAUGAUAGCAUCAAAUCACAUGGAGGGUUUCAUGAGGUUUUCUAAUUUGAGGAAUUUGAAAAUCCUUGAUCUAAGUGGGAAUGACUUAAAUAUUUAUAUUUUAACAUCUUUGAAUGAGCUUCCUUCUCUCAAAUCUUUGAGUUUGGAAGGCUGCAACUUAAUGACAGCAUCGAACCAUAGAGACGAAGCUGAUUUUGAAAAGCUGUCAAGAUUUCGCCAUCUGGAAUUUCUCGACUUAAGUGAUAAUAUGGACUUGAACAACAACAUUCUAUCAUAUUUAAGUAGUUUUUCAUCUCUAAAAACUCUAAUCUUGUCCAUUUGUGGACUAAAUGGCACUUUGAGUACUAGAGAAUUUGAUGCUUUAAGAUGCUUAGAAGAGCUACGAAUGAGCUACAACAAACUCAACCAAUUUGUUUCCACUAAUGCAAAUACAAGCUUUAGCAAAUUAAAAACUCUUUAUCUUGAUGGAAUAUUUCCUGAGGAAAGCAGUGUGCCAGCACAGUUAUCACUAGAGGCAUUCCCAUCACUUAAGAGACUCUAUUUGACAGAUAACUAUCAUCUAAACCAAACCAUGUUUAUUCAAACUUCGCAAGUUUUGAGCAAUCUAGAGGAACUUUUCUUGGAUCAAUCCCCUCUUAGCAUAAACUUUCUGCAAAAUAUUGGUGCAUUGACUUCUCUUAGGUCAAUAUCUCUAAGAAAAUGUGGAUUCACAGGAACCUUACCAACUCAAGGUUGGUGUGAUUUGAAGAACCUUGAAGAGAUGGAUCUUUCUGGAAAUGAAUUGGUAGGGAUACUACCUUCUUGCUUGGCUAACUUGACAUCUCUUCGACUUUUGGAUAUCUCCCAAAAUCUGUUCACUGGAAAUGUUGCAUCUUCUCCCCUAAUUAAUCUUAUUUUGCUCCGAUAUCUCUCAAUUUCUACUAAUAAAUUUCAAGUUCCAGAUUCCUUCAGGUCAUUUGCAAACCAUUCCAACCUUAAAGUCUUCUUAAGUGAUUUCAAUCAAUUGGUUCCAGAACAUGAUCAUGUUCAAACAAGGGUUCCCAAGUUCCAGCCAAGAGUCCUUAGUUUGUCAAACUGUACGGCAAAUGAGGAAAUCACUAAACCUCCUAGCCUUCUCUAUUACCUAUAUGACUUGAGAUAUGUUGAUCUUUCAUCUGACCAAUUUAUGGGGGCCUUACCUUAUUGGUUGUUUGAAAAUAAUACGAGAUUAGAGGUUGCUAUUUUGAAGAACAAUUCUUUCAUGGGUUCUUUCCACUUGCCAUCACAACCUAAUCUUGAUGUUUGGGAAAUAGAUAUUUCGAAUAACCAAAUACAAGGUGAAAUCCCAUUAAAUAUCAGUAUGAUUUUUCCAUAUUUAACAUGGUUAUUCUUGUCUGGCAAUGGCUUUGGAGGAAGAUUGUCUAAGUGGUUGGUUAGUAUGAACUAUUUAUACUUUUUAGACUUGUCCAGCAACCAAUUCUCUGGAACAUUACCAAAAGAGUUUGUUAUAGGAAAAUCAUUAAUUUAUCUUAGACUUUCAAAUAACAACUUGAUUGGGAAAAUACCUCCUGGUUUAUUUAAGCUUCAAUCAUUGGAAGCAUUGUAUCUGGACAGAAACAAUUUUGAAGGAGAGAUAUCCAAUGUCUACUUUUCUAGGGCCUCAUAUCUAAGAAUAUUGGACAUUAGCAACAACAAUUUGUUAGGAAAGCUUCCAAGAUGGACAAAGAAUCUCCUUUAUUUGAUUGAAUUGGAUUUAUCCAACAAUCACUUUGAUGGAUCAAUUCCAGAGGAAUUUUGCUAUGUUGCCAGCCGUCAGCUCGACCUAUCUCACAACAAUUUAUCUGGGUCUCUACCACAUUGCUCUAGUCCACCCUCACGAUACUUAUCACAAAUCUAUUUGAGCAAAAAUAGACUAAAUGGUCUUCUAACACAUUCAUUCUUGAACAUCUCUUCAUUGGAGAUACUAGAUCUUGGAGAAAACAACCUUUCUGGAGGCAUUCCAAAAUGGAUCAGCGACCUUUCUUCCUUGAGGAUCUUGCGUCUAAAAGAAAUGGAAGCUAGCUUAAUGCAAGAGGUAUAUACACAAUUGGGUAGCCAUGGACAACAUUGGAUAGAACUUGUUACCAAGCGGUGGCUUAAUCCCACUUGCAAUGGGAAACUUAAGUGACAUUCAUUCACUUAACUUGUCCCACAACAACUUAACUGGACCCAUACCUUCUACCCUCUCAGAUUUGAAGCAACUUGAAAGCUUGGACCUUUCUUUCAAUGAUUUGACUGGUGAGAUUCCAUCUCAA